AUGGUUCAUCCCAAAGUUAGCAAGGCUCUCGAGGAGGCCAAAAAGCUUGUGGCCAGCCUCGAGGCCUACGAGGACAAUCCCAUUAGCCAUCUGGCAGUCAUGAAGCAGAAUGAGAAAGUGCGCACCGCUCUACAAGAGCCAAUUGACUUGAUCACACGCCUUUUCGAAGACCUAAGCCUGGGAGGCGCUUUCCACACCAUCCUGGGGAUCCGCGCCUAUCAUGCGAUGCCCGAGGACGGCAGCCCCAUCACCGCCGAUGAGCUCGCCCGGAUCACCAACGUCGCCAGCACUGUUAUUCAUCGCACGUACCGAGUCGCCGUCAAUCACGGCGUCUUCGUUGAGACCGCCCCGGACACUUAUGCUCACAAUGAUCUCUCGCGCGCCCUCAACCCCAAUGGCCUUGGCUCAUUUUUCAUGAUCACAUUAGAGUUCACCCGCGCCUGGAUCCACCUGCCCGAAUAUCUUAAGUCGCACCAGCCGGACGAUGUUUUCGAUUUAGUCAAGUCCCCCGCCGUGUACUCAGUUGGUAAAGAGCAUCUGGGCAAGUCCUACUACGAGCUACUUGAAAUUGACCCGGAUCCGGAGCGUCGCGAAGUAUGGAAUACCAACAUGUUCAUGGUCGACCAAUUGAUGCCCGUCGUUGGCAUGUUUCCAUUUGCAUCCCUUAAGGAGGCGGUUGAGAAGGAGCCCGAGCGCCCGUUCCUCGUUGACAUCGGCGCGGGCCGCGGUCAGUCUUGCUUCGCCAUACGGAAUGACAUCAAUGGCGCGUUUGACGGCAAGUACAUCCUGCAGGACCUCCCUGGUGUCAUCGACAAUCUGAAGCCCAGCGAUUAUCCCGGCUUCGAUCUCAUGACUUAUGAUGCUUUCACGCCCCAGCCCGUUAAGAAUGCCCAUAUCUAUUUCAUGCGCCGCUUUCUGCACGACUUUUAUGCCCCGGUCUGCACCGAAUUCGUUAAGAACACUGCAUCGGCUAUGGGUCCCGAUUCACGCCUUCUCAUCUGCGACAUGUUGGUCCCAGACUUGGUCGAACCCUACGAGAACAUGGAUCUGUACUGGCUCGACUUCGCCCUGCUCUGUAUGACCGGCCAGGAGAAGAAGAAGGCCACUUUCGAAGAGAUAUUUGAAGCUGCCGGCUUAGAGCUCGUUAAGAUCUACCCUUCAGCUUAUGGACGAACGGUGAUGCUCGAAGCUAAGCUGAAAAAGUAG